CGCGAUAUGUGAGACUGUGAGACUUCCUGACAGCAGGAAAGAUGGCAGACGAGUACGGACGGAAAUGGGACCGCUGCCUUGCUGAUACGGCACUAAAAACAGUAACAGGCCUCGGUGUAGGCAUUGUAUUCUCUGUCCUUCUCUUUAAACGUCGCACGUGGCCUGUGUCACUCGGUUCAGGCUUAGGGUUGGGAAUGGGAUACAGCAACUGCCAGCAUGACUUCAGAUCACCAUAUCUGAUUCAUGGCCGCAUGGUUAAGGACCAGUAAUGAAGGGCUGAAGAUGGCCAUGAGUUUCUCAUCCAUUUUUGUGUUUGCCGUUCUUAUGCUGCUCAUCUCUCUGCUGGCACUACCACCCAACGAUGCAUGCGUUGUGUAAAUCAAAGAGCGAUAAAUGUAUAUUUAAUAAAGUCAUUGUGGAAA